UUGGAAAGUAGUGACUUCGCUGUGGGGCAGUGUAUCGUGUAAGUGGAACUAUCCAACUUGACAAAGAUAUCUGAGAAUUUGAAGACGUCUUUGGAACGAAGAACUAGACUACCUGAAGGAUUCAGAAGAACCGUUUUAAUUAUUUUCGAUGCAAAAUUUCACGAACCAAAAUUCAAAGAUGUCGCUGAAUAUCGGUUUUGUGGUGGCACAACUAAAAUGGUUUUGUCAUCCAACUGGAUAGAUUAAAACAGCGGUUGUCUGCUUUCGUGGUAGUUUUCCUAAACAUCAUAGUGGAAUAAACGUAGACUAUAACCUGCUGCUCAUGACAAUGGGGCGAGUAAUAAGCCUACAAACAUUUUGCGUAUUAAGCAUCUUCAUUGACAUGAUGUAUUGUGGUAACGCUAGACAGGUGCGCUCGCUGCCCCAAACUGUUGCUCGAAAGGAUCCCGGGGUCUCCAGCCAGCUUGAUAAGAACAUACUUGAACUGAUUGAGCGCCUUCAUGCAUUAUCCGGAAAACUAAACACUGGCCCCAGCGUCCGAAGCGGCAUCCCUCCAGAGCCUCAGAUAUCCGGACAACCGACGAGCCGGGCUGGUGGUACCACCUUCACAAUGCCGGGGGGCAUAGACUUUAGUAGCUACUAUGGAGUCUUGAGCGGAAUAUUAGCCGUAUACGGGCCGCUACUUAAAGAAAGGUUUGUAGAGAACCUUCCAAAAACUAUAGUAUGUAUUUUAUCCGGGAGACAGGACUGUGGAUUGGAAGCCGAGCUGACCAGAGCAAUAUCGCUUGAACUGGGCAAGCCUUUCCUAGAGCUCCUGUCAUCGCUCACAUCUCAGACCUGCCCUAGCAGGAGCGCGGAGCUACCCAGUUUCCUCAACUCUUAUCUUAGAAUGGGGGACGCCAACGGUACUACCUCCCUUCAGGAGAUGGUCAUAACAGCUCUGUCUCAGCUACCACUGUCUGGCAAUCUGGUCUCCGCCCUCAGUGGCCUUGUGGACAUGACGUUCCCUCCUAUUGUCACAUAUUUGACAGAUUUCAUGAUAACUUUUAUUCAAACUCCCAUGGACUAUGUCAAACUAGGACUGCAGUUAGGAAUCAAGAUUCCCUCCAUAGACCAAAGUGGGCAGUGCCAGCAAGGGGACCUCAAACAGCUCAUCAUGUGGGGGAUGAGCCACAAUGUGACCUGGUCGUUUGGUAAUGCCAUCCUGGACAUCUUCCUGGGUCCAGGGCCAGCCCCUUGCUACCCAGCCUCAAACUGUCAGAACCCCACUGGCCCCGUCAGCCGUUCCCUAGACAGCAGCAUUGCCUUGGACCCCCUGACCUGUGACCGCCACACCCUGGCCCACUUCAAUGACACCUCCUGCCCUGACAUCAUCAAAAAGGGACAGCAGGGCCUUGACCCGGGCUCCACCUCCCUGCUGACGUUCUGCCAGGCUCUGAGCACGCUCAGUAGUGCCCAGCUGGAGCAGGUGUGGAGCACCUCCUGCCAGAUGGUUUUGGGGGUGACCAUGCCCCUGAUGCAGAGAGCCUCCUGUAUGUUAGAAGCCCCGCUUACCUCGCCACCACCCCGCGCUCCCUCUCGAGUCGCCAGGGCAGCCGUCAACCUCAACUCACUUGCUUGCAACUAUGGCAAUUGGUCAGGAAGUGGACAGGUAGAUGCAGGGCUGGUGACCCUUUGCAGUGAAAAUGAUCGUGACGAGUUUGUGAGCCGUGUGUGUCAGAAUGCAUCCACGAUGAAGAAGCUUCUGUUAGACCCUCAGAACACUUGGCUGUGGGGCUACUGCUCCAACACCACCCAGAACUAUGUGGUGUCCCAGUUCUGCAGGUAUGACAUGUGGCUGGCGGAGGGUGUGGUAGACCCAUCCCUGGUGGCGUUCUGCUGGGAGCAGGAUCGGGAACGGUUCAAGGCCCUGCUCUGUGAUGACUUGAACUUUUUCGUGGUUCUGUACUCCAACCCAGCCAACAACUGGCUGCAACCCAACUGUACCAUGGCACCGCCUCCAGUGGACACCAACACCCUGGUGGCCGAAGAGUGCAACUACGCCAGCUGGAAGGACAUGAAACAGGUUACCAUGAACACAGUGUCCCUGUGCGUUCAGUACGACCCCCAGAGCUUCAUCUAUGUCAUCUGUAGCAACUCCACCUUCCUGGCUGCGCUGUUGCAUAUCCCCGGCCUUGACUGGGUGAACGACUACUGUGCUCUCAACGGGAACGCCCCGCAUACAGACCCCCCAUCCUUGUUCAACAUCCAGGACUGGUGUAACUACCAGUUGUGGGGUGGGCUGAUGAUCGACUCCUCCCUGGUGGGCCUGUGUUGGCAACAGGACCAGCUCAGCUUCUCGAAGAAUGUGUGCUGCAACAUACCUCUAUUUGAGCAGUUGACUCUUGACCCCCAGAACUCCUGGCUGAUGUCAGUAUGCUCUGAGCAGGACAAUUCACUUCUGAUUUCCCAGCUGUGCCACUAUGCAGACUGGAACCAGCCCAUCAUUGUUGACAUGACGGACUUGGCGUUCUGCGCCGAGUUCGACCCGCUCAACUUCACUCGUCGGGUUUGCUCCAACAGAACCGUGCUGCAGAACUUGCUAGCCAACCUGGACAACACCUGGCUGCUGCAGCACUGCGCCAACCAGACAGGGGGGGCCGAGGGAGACCUGCUGGGCUUCAGGCCAGCCGUGCAGUGCCAGUACAAGAGCUGGUCCAUCUCCAUACCGGACCAGGCGCUGCUGGCUCUGUGCUGGGACUACGACCAGGCAAACUUUGUCUCCUCCAUCUGCCCAGACGCUGGCCUCCUGGCUAAGCUGAUCCGAGAGCCCUCUGCCGUCUGGGUGGGCCAGCUGUGUGCCACCUACACCAACCACAUCUCUGUGAAUGGCAGUUCAACUGGACCUGCUCUGCUGACUUGA